CAGAGCCAAAGCCAGAGACAUUCAAACAAACAUCCAAACCAGACACAAACCGAGAACAUCCAAGCCAGACACAAACCGAGAACAUCAAACCAGACACAAACCGAGAACCAACUUGGUCCAUCUCACUCGAUUUCAGCCCUCAGCCUCACCAAAUCACUCACCCUAAAGCUUGACAGCCCCUGAGCAUCACGCAGCCGCCAUGGUCAUCCACAGGCUCCUGUCCGAGCAGUACAGGACGCUCCCCGUCCUCGUCAACGAGUCGACGAGUCUUGGCAAGACGUACAUCAUCACUGGCGGCAACUCUGGCCUCGGCUUCGAGACCGCUCGCCACCUCGUCAAGGCUUCCGCCGCCACCGUCAUCCUCGCCGUCCGGAAUCUCACCGCUGGACAGAAAGCCAAGGACGAGAUUGAAAAGUCGACGGGCCGCACCGGCGUCGUGCAGGUGCGCCACCUCGACAUGUCGUCGUACGCGUCGGUCCAGAGCUUUGCCCAGAACAUCUCGGCCGAGGUCGACAGGAUCGACGGCUUCGUCUGCAAUGUGGGCGUCAUGCUCGACGCCUGGUCGACCACCGAGGGCUUUGAGACGAGCAUCUUCGUCAAUGUCAUCAGCACCGUGUUCCUCGGCGUCUUGAUAAUGCCGAAGCUCAGCGCCUGCGCCCGCAAGUUCGGCUCGCGCCCCACCGUCGUCUUCAUCGUGAGCAUCCUCGGGUACAUCGCCAAGGGCGAGAUGGAUAAGAGCCGGGGCGGGCCAGUGUUCGAGCUCCUCAACGACGAGAAGCUGGCCAACAUCGACCAGCGCUACGCCAUGAGCAAGCUCAUCGAGGAGGCCGCCGUGCGCCAGCUCGCCGCCCUGUGCCCUGUCGAGCGCACCGGCGUCGUCGUGGCCAUGGUCGCCCCCGGGCUCUGCGCCACCGGCCUAGGCCACCAGGGCCGGACGUUCACCAAGAUUGUGCACGGCACCCUCAAGGCCCUGAUGGCGCGCACUGCCGAGGAGGGCAGCCGCACCUAUCUCCACGGGCUGGUGGUCGGCCCGGAGGGCCACGGGAAGCUCCUGUCAGGCUGCAAGAUAAAGGAGAACUGGGUUCCCGAUUGGCUCCUCAACGAGGAGGGCCUCAAACUACAGAAGGACAUUUGGAAGGAUCUCGCUACGGAGCUAGAGAGGGUGCAGCCCGGGUGCAUCUCGCAGCUUGCUUCUCUCUCGAUCCUGUCCUCUCCUGCCCGGGUAAUUUGAUAUUGGCAAGGAAAUUGCAGCCAUUUGUCUUCAAUACUUCUUGCGUGUUCCACUC